UAUGCCAUUAUUAUUUCUCUCUAUAGGCGCUAAAGCGGCUAGAUCGUGCACUUCCGGAAACACCAGGAUGUUCUUCUGUCCAGGAAAAGCGUGAAAACAUCUACAACCUGUGCGAACAACGUAAUGUGUAGCUAUUUAUGAAUUUAUAGGCGUUCCAGUUAAUCAGCGAGAUGAUUUGGAGUGUGCGGUAGCUGUUUACAUUUCCCUUAUCCUCGCUCUUUGGUCACGUUUGUGUAUGUUGCACUAACUCGCUGUAUUAUUGAAGCUUGUUUGCUGCGUCACCAUCGCUGUCUGGAUUGGUCACAGGAGGCCCUGGAGAAGGAGUGGCCUGAGGUCAAGCCCUAAAGCACCAGAGCCUGGUCAUGAUGGACCAUAAGAGAGCACUAACCAUUUCACUGGCCGUUGACAAGGUGGAUAACUCUCAAAUGGGAAGUCCACUAAAAAUUCCCAAGAUCCUUCUUUCUUCAGAGUUGAGAUGUGGGAAUGAAGAGUCACAGAUUCACUGGACCCAGAUUGCUGGAAACAGAAUCAAACUCCAAAGGUCUUGUCAGCAGAAUGGAUCCAUCUCUUUGGAUCACGGCCAAGCGGCUUUAGCCCAAGGGGCAAUGGACUGCACGCAGCUCCAGUUGGUCCUCAGGGACGUCCUGAAGACGGAACCGGGGCAGGCCUACCUGGACAGGAAGAUGCGUAGCAAGAUGACAGGAAUUGAAGAGAGGAAGAGAGAGUCACGGAUGGGGAGCGGGCAAAGGAGGGUGUCUCAGAGCAGCAGAGAAGGGAGGGAGGAUUGUAGAGAUUUUACAGGACACAGAAAGAGACCCCAUGACCACCCCACUCCCACCUCGACCCCGACCCGCAAGGAAAGGAGGUCACACCACAGAGGGGGGUCAGAGGAAGAUGAGGAGGUGAAGGAACUUUUAAUAGGAGAGGAAAACAUCAAAGACCAGAGAUGCAACAGUAGUGUGUCAGGGAGGCACAGUUCACGGGAACCCCUGGAGGAGGUGACCUUUACCGAGGGGGACAUGCACCAGGAAAAGCCUUAUCCACAAUCCACCAGGACUAGGAAGGUAGAUUCAGGUUCAAGCGAAUCCACACAUGUUGAGAGGGAGAGUCGGAGGAGGGAGUCUGGGCUCUACAAUAAUGGACGGGUGAAGGAUGGAGGGAUGAAUGAAGUGGCAGAAGGCUUGACCACAGACGCCUCCAGGAGCUCCAGAGGGAGCGUGCUGCGCCUCUCCAGGGAGGCCAGAGGCAAGGGAGGACAGCUUUGUCUGGAGGGGACGGGGGGCAUAGACACUAAUGUAGCAUCCAUAGAAGUAGAGGUGGACCCCUCAAACUUUGACAGGACCCUGAUGGUAGUCAAUGUGGGGGAAGACAGGGAAGUUGCCAGCCCCUCUAACCCCAGCUGUGGAGGGGUUAAGGAGAGGAGAGGAACCCUGAGGAUGUGCCUGUCCUCCAGCCAGGAUAGGACGCCCAAACUCAGGCCUGUUGAACCCAUCGUUCUCUCCAGUGAUGAGGAGGUAGUCACCCCGUCCCACAGUUCAGUCCUUUGGCCACAGACUAGUGAGUGUGAGUCCCAGAGAAACCAUGCUCAAGAAGACAACGUGAUGGAAGAGACAGACUUUCAGGUGAUGCCUGUGGUGGUGACAGGGUUUGGGGUGGCCAAUUUCCCCAGCACUGAGGACUCUGAGGGUAUGGCCCUACCCUUCUCUGCCCUGCACUGUGGGGGGGUCCGAGGGGAGGCCAGCGGAAACCUCAUGAUCACAAACCACAGAAUCAUCAUACCAAUUAAAGGCCAGGUAGAGGUGAUGGUGACUGUGGAGCGCUGUCAGCUGUGGAAGUACAGCGUCUGGGACAGGGAGGAGCUACAGGAGAGAGGGCUGGGGUGUGAGGUCAAGGGAGAGAUUGGGCAGCCUCCCCCCGCCCUCCUCCUCCUCUACGUGUCAGACGCCCAGGCAGUCGCUGUCCAAGAAGACCUGAGGGAGCUGUCAAUCAAACAGGCCUUAGAACCACCCACUGGCCAGGCCAGUCCCUUCCUCCUGCUGACUCUGCAUUCCCCUCUGGAGGGGGUGGAGGGGGCUCUACUUCGCUCCGUCCUCGACAUCAUCUGUCUCAACAACGCCCCGCACAUGGACGCUGCAUGUCUCUGGGGGAACGCUCCCAUCAACGGGGCGGUGGACCUCCACAGUCCCCUCCUGUCAUUGGAUGACAGUCUGGCGCUGAUCGGUAGAACCGGACUAGACCACCAGCUGCUCUCCCUACUGGGACAGAACAAUGCCGAGCCUGUCACAGAACCCGACCAGGACAGAGACACACCUGGGCCAAAUCUGGACACUGUGGAGGGAGAGUCACAGACACCACCAGAGACAGAGGUACAGGCAGAGCAACAGACAGAGGAGGAGGAGCAGAGGGAGGCAGAGAGCUUACCCCUCGCUGAGGAGAGUCCAGUCCAGCCCAGACCCGUGUACACAGUGUGUCACAGCAGAACCAGAGGCGCCUACUCUGUGUUCCUGGGCCCGAAGCCAGGCUCCAACUGGACCCGAUACAAGCACCAGGGCCCCACACGCAGGUUGAUCCAGUUUCCUCCACCGCCUUCCAAAGGAGGGAUCGCCGUGACAACAGAAGAUCUGGAGUGCCUUGACAACGGGCAGUUUCUGAAUGAUGUCAUCAUCGACUUCUACCUCAAGUAUCUGCUUCUGGAGAGGGUUCCGCAGGAUGUGGCUGAUCGCUCUCAUGUCUUCAGCAGCUUCUUCUACAAGCAGCUCACUCGCAGAGACAAUGCCAGUGAGGACAGUACCAGCGUCUCAGCGCAGCGGAGGCGGCAUCAGCGGGUGAAGACGUGGACACGACAUGUGGACAUCUUCAAGAAAGACUUCCUGUUUGUGCCUGUCAAUCAGGAAGCCCACUGGUACCUGGUGGUGAUCUGCUUCCCUGGCCUGGAGGAGCCCCAGUGUGAGGAGGGGAGCAGCCCAGCCUCGCUGAGGGGAACAGGGGGAGAGAAGCCAGACGAGGACCAGGCUGAAGAGGAGGCCUCUGGGUCCAAAAAGCUAAAUGGCAUCAGUGAAGUCACCCCUGAAUCAACUAGCGCUGACAACCAGGACAAACUGACAGUUACAGAUGGUGUGGUACAGAGUGAAUCAGUACUCCAGCCACCUCCUGGUCCUCUGGACUGCACUGAGAAGACCUGUCACAGAGAGACCAUCUGUAAACGACCCUGUAUUCUCCUCAUGGACUCCCUCAAGUUCUCCCUCCAUGAGCGCGUCUUCAAACUCUUACGGGAGUACCUGCAGUCGGAGUGGGAGCUGCGUCGGGGCUCUGUGCGCGAGUUCAGUUCAAAGCAGAUGCGAGGCGCCCACUGUAAGGUCCCCCUACAGGACAACAGCAGCGACUGCGGCCUCUACCUGCUGCAGUACGUCGAGAGCUUCUUGCAGGACCCUGUGGUGCACUUUGAACUCCCCCUGUGCCUAGAACGCUGGUUCCCACGGCAACAGGUGAGGAGGAAACGAGACGAGAUCAGGGACCUGGUGCUACACCUGUACAGACACCAGAGGGGCACGGUGGGGAAUAUAGGAAAUAUGGGAAAUGUAGUCAGUUAGGGCAUGGUGGGUAGUAUUAUGGCUGUGACGAUACCAGUAUCCCAAUAUUUUUUCCAUGGCAAAAAUGAAAACACGAAGCAGACCUAACACUUUGAUCCUUUAAAAACCUGCUGUAUGUAAA